AAUGACGUUUAAGAUAGGCGGAACAUAUGAUACAUCUCCACCAAUAGAGAGGCAGUAGUGCAGGGAGCAAGAUGGCGGCACUGGCCGGGUUCGGUUGCUUUAGGACGUUGAGAACUUGCGGGCGAAGCAGCCCAAGCUAUGCUCUCUGGCACCCAGUGAGAGCCCCAUCCCAGACCUCUCAGAACAGUGCCUGUGUGCCAAGGAUAAGAGGGCGGCUGGUGACAUCCUCUGCCCCUGGAGAAAGACAGAGUGAUUCAAAUGACGGCCAGAUCUACCUUAGUAAAAGUUGUGUGAAAAGGCUACUGGAGAUUACAGAAGGGUCUGAAUUUCUCAGACUGCAGGUGGAAGGAGGUGGCUGUUCAGGUUUCCAGUACAAGUUUUCAUUGGAUACAGUUGUCAAUUCUGAUGACAGGGUUUUUGAACAAGGGAAUGCCCGGGUGGUUGUGGAUUUGGACAGCCUGAACUUUGUGAAAGGGGCAAUGGUGGACUUCAACCAGGAGUUAAUUCGCAGCUCCUUCCAGGUGGUGAACAAUCCGCAGGCUGAGCAAGGCUGCUCCUGUGGAUCAUCUUUCUCAGUUAAACUCUGAUGGAGUUUCUCCAUGUGGACUGUAGUGGAUGCUGAGUGAUCACUGAUUGUCUUGUUUCUCUUCAGUUUUUUUUUUUUUUGAGUGACUGGUAUAAUCUGUUGUAUGAGACAAGCAUGCACGCAUACCCUGACCUCUUGGGGCAGAAUCUCCAACAGAAGCUGAUCUUUCCAGGGCAAGAUGUGAAAAAGGCUUGUCUCCUUUGUUUCCUUUGAAUCGUGAUGACUUCCAUGUAGCAUGUACAACAAUAAGCCCAAUGGAGAGAUAUUUGUACAUAUUUUUGUGAUUUGCUGUUUUAAGGUUGUUUAAAGCAUACGUUUGUUACAUUCAUUUUUUGUGUAUGUCAUCAGCCCUUUUCAUACCUGAUUUGGGCACAAAUAAGUAUAUAUAAGGGGUUGCUAGAAGCCUUCUGGUCCUGUCCCUGAUGACCAUGCUCUCAAAAGCAGAGUUUUCAUGAAGUCUACAUGUGUAUGCUGAAUGCUGAAUACUUGUAGAUGUCAGUACAGAUAAUGCAGCUCCUUGGAAAAUAUGCACCAUGCACAAAUGUUCCUUUUGAGCCAUGGUGGUCAAGAGUAAGGUCUACAGACACAGCCCCUGUAUCUCUUCUCUGUGCCUGUGUUUGCCCAUAUGACAAGGAACUGUAUAUAAAAUAUGCAGAAAUGUUGUAGGAAUUCAACACAAAAUUCUCAAACGUCUGACUUGGAUCCCACCAAACACUGAUGGAAAUAUUUACAACAGUUGUGCACAACAUGUCCCCACUCUCACUGCAGUCCAGAGUCCCUCCCAAAUUUUUCAGGGGGAGGUAUGGGACCCCCCUCCCAGACCAGCAUGAGGGGGAGUCAGUCUACAGCAGAAUGGGGAAAUCAAUGAAACGGUGCCUCCUUCUGUCAGUGGAAACCCUCUGUGGGCUUGAAUCCAGGUUUUCUUGCUUACAAUUGGUUAUUUGCUGACUCUGAGGCUUCUUCCCCAACAAUAUAAACCUGCAGCACCAGAUUCUUUCCUUGCCUCUAUUCCAUCAACAAAGAGAAAACAAUUUUCAGAAUGUAAGGAAAGGAAAGGGCUUGAAACAAGUAGUAGAAAAGGUGGAUUUUUAUAUUGGCUGGUCUGUUUUCUAUCAAGGCUGUUCACUAAGUGCUUGUACUUAGUGUUCUUUAAAUUGUUAUUUUUGUCUUUUGGAGUUUGGCAGUGGGAAUUACAAUGUAAUGUGGGGGAGAUUUAUUUUUAAAAACUUGAGAUUGUC